AAGAAAGGACUAGAAGAAAUCGAUGUCUGCUGUAAAUGAUGUAUAGAUUCGUGUUUCAGAAAUCUGUCACAGUGCCAGGUGUUAGGACUGGUCGUCAUAUUUCUCACGUGACAUCAGACCAGGUCUGGAUCAGUGAUUAUGAAAAUCUCAUACUGACAAACACAACAGGGGAUAAUCUUGAUCAUGUGACAGAUAUAGGUAGUGAAUGGGGAGGACACACUGUGAACAGUGACUGUGAUUUAUUUUAUAUAGACAGAAAGAAUAAUAUCAAUAAACUGUCUAAAGAAAGCAAAGACAAAUCUACAAUUAUAAAGUUCAACAAAUCACCAUGGGUACCACGGUGUGUUUACUGCUCCCGCUCCACUGGAGACCUGCUGGUCGCGAUGUCUCAUACUGAUACAUUGACAGGCAAGGUAGUGCGGUAUAACUCUACAGGAGAAAUUAUCCAGACCAUAGAACACAACAACAACACAGGUCGGGGACUAUAUAGUCUACCUCUCUAUAUCACAGAGAACGGUAUUGGAAAUGUGAUUGUGUCUGACUGGGACCGUGAUGCUGUAGUGGUGACAGAUCGUGACGGUAAUUACCGAUUCUCCUACACAGGUCCUUCAUCAGGAUCAGUACUAAGGCCGCGUGGAAUCUGUACUGACGCGCUGUCACACAUCCUGCUGUGUGAUUGGAACACCCAGUCAGUACAGAUGUUAAACUGUGAUGGCCAUUACAUGACAGGGAUACAGACACAAGGACAUGGAAUAGACAGACCAUACGGCCUGAGUUAUGAUAGUGACACCCAAUUACUGUGGGUAGGGUCAGGGUACAACAACACAGUCUACAUAUACAGAGUGGUAGAUACAGACUCUCUGACUGAUCCUCAGAAUAUAAGUAUCAGCCGUCUUCUAUCUCCAAGUACCCUGGCGUGGCCUCGACCUGCACAUACACGAGAAAGACAUCUAGUGGAGUCUACCUACCCAUUAACUCCACCUACUGCCCAAGCCACGGCAACAAGUACCCUGGAGCGACCCAGACCUCGGUGUAUACAAGGAAUACAUCCACUUGAGACUUAUCCAUGGAUACCACCUAGCGGUAUUACAUAUGAUUCAAGUAUCCAGGAACAACUCACACCUCCAAACACACAAGAAAGGCUUCAACUGAUGUGGAGUCAGCACUCGUCCAUACAAUCAGCCACUGUCACAUCUACAAAGCAUCCUCUGAAAAGAGAAUUGGAUGAAUUACCAAGUGGUUCCUCACAGACUGCCCCAGUCUCUGAAAGUCCUCCACCUAAAAAGUUACAUAGAACAGAGCGUGGCAUAAAACUACAGAUAAAAGAAUACAAGGGCUAUGUAAACCUACAUGGAAAUCCAACACCUCUAAAACGCUCAACAAGUAUGAAUCAGAUUGAUGUUUUAAAAAGUGAAAACUUCAGAGAAGAACUGAGGAGUGUAUUGCAUAGAAUUGAAUAUAUGGACUGUAAUGAUAUUUGUGGGAGUUCUGUCAAGCAUUAUUCAAUAGGAAAAAUAGAGACUUGCAAUAAAUUCAGUACCCAGGGAAUCUUUGGAUGGACCAAAUCUUGUAUUGAAAAGAUAAGAGAAGCAAGGAAGCAGAAAUGUAAAUGUUUCAUCAGCACUUACUAUGUUCAAAUUACCAUUGAAGUAAGACACAUACUUGCAAUUCUAAAAAAGAAACACUUUUUUGUAAGACAUUUCGUGCAUUUUGCAAUUGAAAGCAGAAAUUACAUACUGCUAUCAGAGCUUGUGCGCUCGUAUGCAUUUCAAUGUGACUUUCACUUGGAAACAAUAUUUAUGAAGACUUCUAAAAACACAAAUGCAGUUAUUGUUGAAACCAUUUUAAAGUCAGCUAAAUGCAUGAUUCUAAGAAAACGCCCAAGUCUCCUACAAAAUUCAAUCCAGUUAUCACUGUGCCAUGACUGUGAAAAUGGAAACCGUGUGACUAUUGUUUUAUCGUUUAAAGGCACAAUUGAAAUGACUGAUAUAACCCAGGAAAUGGUUAUGGGGAAGAAAAUGUUCCUUUAUAAUUGUUCAAACCCUUCUGAUGAAGCAUACAAUGUUUUCAAGUCCUAUGCAACCUCACAUUCAAAGGAAACUUUGCCAACUAUCUCUGAAAAAGAAGCAAGAGAACUGUUCAAAAGACAUUCCAAUUUAACAAUGAUAUCGGCUUCACCAUAUAAAUCGAUAGGAUAUUCAAAAGGAAAACACAGAGUCGUGAAAAAGCCUUGUAUUCUAUUAUUAUGUUUACAUAAAGGAUACAUUCCCUAUGGAGAAGAGGAGUUUCCAAGAAGAAUUGGAGAUGUUGAGGUGGAUGUUCAGGAGGGUUUUUGUAACUUUGGAAAUGGUGAGUCGAUAGAAAUGGGAGGAGACAUCCGUCGUAAAGGGAGUAAAAGUGUUGGGACUAUUGGUGGGUUCGUUAGUCUACCUUUUAGUAAAAUUGGCCUAAUAACGUGUGCUCAUGUGGUUCUGUCUCAUGAAGAGCUGGAAAAGAGAGAAACAGAUAAUCAUCCUGAAGUAGAGGCAUUUAUCAAUAGUGCCCAUUCAUAUAAAGUGUGUGGAAAAGUUAUUGACAAAGCGUUUCCAAAUUUAAAUCCAUUAGAAGGAUCUAGUGUUGACGCUGCGCUUAUUGAAAUCAACUCAUCAUCAAAUGUAGCCGGUUUUUGUAUGGUGUCAGAGGAGCAGUUACGUUCUGCAGGAUUCCAAACAGACAAACCACCAAAGUUCCAAGGAAAUAUGGUACCACUGCUCGAUUUGCCAAACUUGGUUUCUGGUAGUGUUGUGAAGUACGGAGUCACAACAGGUUUCACACUAGGCUGCCUCUUCAACGAAUGUAUGCAUGUUCGUAUCCAAUCGGAAAACUUGACCUUACCUGAUUUUCUGGGGUCAAGCCAUCCCAGGAAUAUCACUGUGUAUAAUCAAAUGGAAAUUGAAGGUAUACGUGGAAAGUUCUUUGAUUUAGGUGACUCGGGAUCCUUUGUGUUUUGUAUAAAUCAGGACGAAACACUGAGUUGCAUCGGAAUGGCAAUAGCACUCACAUCACGUGGUACGUGUCUGGUGACUCCUAUAGAGAAUGUCUUGAAAUCUCUUAAACUUCCUGUGUCAAAUAAUUGUAUCAUUCCAGUGGAAGUAAGGUUAUCUUCAAGUGCAAAACCAAGUACGGAUACAAUGACAAUAUUAAAUGCCAUAUCGCAAAUGAAAUCAGACUUUGAUAAGCAACAGAAAGAUUCAGAAAAACGUCUGAUUGAUAUUGAGAAAGGUUUGGCCGAGCAACGAAAAGAUAUAGAAUAUAUUAAGGAAAAGUUACCUAAAUCUAAUCCAUCACAAAAUCAACCGGGUACAUAAUUUAAAUUUUAUUUCAAACAAAUAAGUGCUUUAACUGAGUCAAGUCCAGGACUAUUCACGUUCAUAAAUUUACCUUUAUCAUUUACUGUCUAUUUCAAUUAAAUACAUUUGAUAAUUUAUUUAAGUGAGAGACAAUAUUUUUCAAAGGUUUAUUUUAUUUAAUUAUUAUAUAAAGAAUAUGUGAUUUUAUUUAGAAAGCCUUUUUAGAAACGUAUACACCGUGUAGAAGUUGCAAGUAAAUUAAAAUUCGCCCAUAGUA